AUGAAAUCAAUCGCAUUACUCAUACUCGUCACGUGCACCUCCGCGCUGCGCCGGCACCGGCUGGAGACGACAGCCGCGACCCUUAGAGGAGGCGAGGGAAGAUGGCGCAAAGUCAAGGGCGGCGCCUCGAGCCUGCGCAGCUCCGCGCGCGCCUGGGCCGACUACCUCACCGGCGCGAACGUCACGACGAACAUCACGACAUGGACGAGGCCCAAGAAGAAGCUAAAAAAGCCAUCUGUCGGCCCCGAGGACCAAUACGAGGUCGCUGAGGCCUUCGCGGAGGCCGCGCGCGCCGUCACGCGGCCCUCGCUGCGCGUGAUCGCCACGACGGUCGUGCCCGCCUGCGGCGCCGUGCUGGCCAACGGCAUGUUCCUGGCGAGCUGGCCCGCGGUCGCGCAGGCCCGCACGUCAAAGCAGCUCGGCGCGCUGAACCCUUUGCCUUUUGCCUUCACGUUCGCGAACUGCGUGGGCUGGCUCCACUACGGCUUUGUGUGUCGGAACCAUUAUGUGUUUUGGUCGAACGCGCUGGGCUGCGUCCUGGGGCUGUUGUAUACGACCACGGCGCUCAAGCUGGGGUGCCCCGACGUCGUCGAGCGGGUCGCGGUGGGGGGCCUGGUGAUUCACAUCGGCGCGGCGUAUGUUACGGGCUUGCGGCUGGCGUCGCCAGCUAAACGGAAGCUGUGCGCGGGGCUCGUCGCCAACUUCAUUCUGCUGUGCUACUACGCGGCGCCGCUGUCCACCGUCGCGGCCGUCGUGCGCAGCGCACGAAUCAAAUGUCGCGGCGCUUCUAUUCACUGGUUUGAUUUGCGCACAGGUCGUGCGGAGCCGGGACGCGUCGUCGAUCUCCGGGCCGCUGGUGCUGGUCAACGCGGGCAACGGCCUGUUGUGGACCGUGUACGGCGCCGCGGUCGAGGACGCGCUCGUCUGGGCGCCGAACCUCGCCGGCGUGGCGCUCGCCGCGGCGCAGCUGGCGCUCAAGCUGGCGUUCCGCGGCGCGAGGGCCUCGACUACCGCCGUCGCCGCGACCGCGGCAAAAGGAGUAACUUGAAAUCCAUAUUA